AUGGAUGUGUGGGGCCCAGCCCCUGUCCGUGGGCAGGGUCACGAGCGCUACUUCCUGUUGGUGGUUGACGACUACUCGCGUUACACCACAGUCCUCCCCUUGCGCAGCAAGGGUGCGGUCACUGAGGUGCUGAUCGACUGGAUCCGCGAGGCUCGUCUCCAGCUCAGGAAGAGCUUCGGCUCGGGCUUUCCUGUUCUGCGUCUGCACUCGGACAGAGGCGGAGAGUUCUCUUCUCGCCUUCUGCGAGACUACUGUCGUGCACGGGGGAUCCGCCAGACCUUCACGCUUCCGGACUCACCACAGCAAAAUGGGAUUGCUGAGCGCCGCAUUGGCAUGGUCAUGGAUGUCGCUCGUACGUCCAUGAUGCAUGCGGCUGCCCCCCAUUUUCUGUGGCCGUUUGCGGUGAGGUACGCGGCGCAUCAGCUCAACCUUCACCCCCGGGUCUCUCGGCCUGCGAUGUCCCCAGCCUUGCUGUGGACGGGGAAGGUUGGCGAUGCGUCUGUGUUCCGUGUCUGGGGAUCUCGGGCGUUUGUCCGCGACUUGUCUGCGGACAAGCUGUCCCCUCGUGCUGCUCCCUGUGUCUUCCUUGGCUUCCCCACUGACGCCCCAGGGUGGCAGUUUUACCACCCCUCCUCUCGUCGUGUUCUGUCCUCCCAGGACGUCACGUUCGACGAGUCAGUCCCCUUCUACCGUCUCUUCCCCUACCGCACUCCUUCCCUCCCCCCUCCCCCGGACUUCCUUGUGCCGGUUCCCCCCCCGGUAGACCCCCUCCCCCCUCAGGUUCCUGCCCCCUCAGGUGUGUCCCAGGUAGACGCCGUUGACCCGGUCGAGGUUACUGGUGACUCUGGUGCUGCUGCGGGUGCUGAGCCUGGGGGUGCUGACUCUGGGGGUGCUGUGCGCGGGGGUGCUGAGCCUGGGGGUGCUACUGCUGGGGGUGCUGGGCCUGAGGGUGCUACUGCGGAGGGUGCGGAGCCUGGGGGUGCUGAGCCGGAGGGUGCUGUGCCUGGAGGUGCUGGGUCUGGGGGUGCUGGGUCGGGAGCUGCUGAGCCUGUGGGUGCUGAGCUGGGAGCUGCUGAGCCUGGGGGUGCUGUGUCUGGAGCUGCUGAGCCUGGGGUUUCUCCUGCUGCUGCGUCUCGCCGGGAGCCCCUCUCUCCACAGGAGCUGCGCGAGUGGUUCGCUCGCCGCUGGAGGCGUGCUGCUGAGUCUGGAGGUGCUGCUGGAGCUGGAGCUGGAGCUUCUUCGACCGUCGAGGGUGCGGGUGCUGCCGGUCCCGGAGCUGCUGGACCUGCGGGUCCUCCUGGAGCUGGAGCUGCUGAGGGCGUUGGUGCUGAGCCUACUGCUGUUGGUCCUGCCACUGGAGGUAUGGGUGGCGCUGGUGCUGUCGCCGAGGGUGCUGGUGCUGUCCCUGCUGAGUCUGGAGCUGCCGCGCGGCCUCGGCCUCCUACUGGAGGUCUUGCUGAGCGUCGUGAGCCUGCGUCUCGUCCCGCGUCGCCUAUUCGUGCUGCUCGCGCUAGUGGUCGCAGUUCGCGUCAGCGUCCUCCUCCUGUCCCUGGCACGCACCGGAUGUCUCUGCGUCCGUCCACUGCUCCUUUGCGUGCCCCUUUGCCUUCUCCUCCUGAGUCCUCUCUUCCUGCGCUUGCCGACCCUGAGUCGGACUCUCUUCGUGCUGCCAGUCCUACUGUCACGCGUCUGCUUGCUACUGUCGUCACUGACCCCUAUUUUGAGUCCACUGCUGCGUCUGCUCUAGUCGCUGAGCUCGUCGACUUUGCUGCUCGCUGUCGUCUCGACUACGCUGCUAGUCUUGUUGCUGAGUCUGCGUCUGUCUGUCCUCCGUCCGUCGGGGGUGAGUGUGCUCUUGGCACGGACGUCCUAGAGGACAGGCAGGAGGAGUUACAGUGUCUAGCGGCUGCUUCACCUCAUCUCGCGUCUGUACUGCUUGCCCCUGAGGGAGACCCGGAUGCACUAGACAUCCCGACUCCGCGUUCUUACGCGGAGGCCUUAGAGGGUCCCUACUCCUCUCAGUGGCAGGCAGCUAUGGAUGCAGAGAUGGCUUCCUGGAAGUCCACAGGCACCUACGUUGACGCGGUUCCCCCUCCUGGGGCGAACAUCGUCAGUGGCAUGUGGAUCUUCAGGGGAGUUGACUACUUUCAGACCUUCUCUCCCACCCCGAAGAUGACUACUCUUCGGGUGCUGCUGCACAUAGCCGCUCAGCGCGACUACGAGCUUCACUCUCUCGACUUCAGCACUGCGUUCUUGCAGGGUAGCCUGCACGAGGAGAUCUGGCUUCGCCGUCCACCUGGCUUCACUGGGACUUUCCCUCCUGGCACCCAGUGGAGCCUCCGACGGCCAGUCUACGGUCUCCGCCAGGCACCGCGUGAGUGGCACGACACACUGAGGACUACGCUUGCGGCUCUUGGGUUUGCUCCUUCUACUGCUGACCCGUCGCUGUUUCUUCGCACUGACACUUCUCUGCCGCCGCUCUACAUCCUCGUGUACGUCGACGACUUGGUCUUUGCCACAGCGGACACUGCUGGACUCGCCUACGUGAAGUCCGAGCUGCUGAAGAGACACACGUGCACAGACCUGGGUGAACUGCGCAGCUACCUUGGCUUGCAGAUCACUCGGGACAGAGCACGCCGCACCAUUACCUUGACUCAGUCACACAUGGUGCAGCAGGUCCUUCAGCGCUUCGGCUUCACGUACUCCUCGCCUCAGGCCACUCCUCUGCCUACUCGCCACUCACUCUCAGCUCUGCCUUCGGAUGAGUCCGUAGAGUCGAGUGGUCCGAGACACAGACCAGAGCACAUGGCUGCAGCGAAGAGGGUAUUGCGCUACCUGUGCAGUACGUCGGGCAUGGGGCUAGUGCUUGGAGGGCGGAGUCCAGUGGUCCUUACCGGCCACGCGGACGCUUCUUGGGCUGACGACCAGGCUACGCAGCGGUCGUCACAGGGUUACACCUUCAGCCUUGGUUCCGGCUCUGUCUCGUGGCGGUCUACUCGCUCGUCUUCAGUUCUCGGCUCCAGUUGUGAGGCUGAGAUCUACGCCGGGGCCAUGGCUGCACAGGAGCUUCGCUGGCUCACCUACCUGCUGACUGACCUUGGAGAGCCGCCUCGUUCUCCUCCAGUGCUGUACGUAGACAACAAGGCCAUGCUGGCCUUGUGUCGAGAGCAGCGCUUGGAGCACAGAACGAAGCACAUUGCUCUCCGCUACUUCCUUGCUCGUGAGCUGCAGCAGCGUGGUCAGUUGCGACUUGCGUACGUGGCCUCUGAGGCCAACACUGCUGAUGUGUUCACCAAGGCACUCGCGCCUUGUGACCAUCAGCGCUUUUGCACCCAGCUGGGUCUUGUGCCAGUCUUGCCUCACUUGCUCUCCUUUUGA